AUGGCACCCAAUCGACUCAACCUCCUCAAGAAGGGCCUCAGCGCCCUCCAAAAGCACAUCACUAAGUGCAAGGAAAUCCUCGAGGACCAUCUCCAGCGCAAGGAGCGCAUUAACAAGGCCGACAGCAACUGGCUUGAUGGUCCUGCCAAUCUGGUUGAUGAGCAGCAGGCACUUGAGCUCCUUGAGAAGGCAUCCGACUAUGAGCAAGGACUCUCACAACUCAGCGCCGUGCAUAAGGCUGCUGUCCAGCACCUAGUGAUGCACUGA